GGCAUUGCAAGACGCAUCUACGCUCUUCGUUCUCCACGACUGUGAGUAAAGUUAGGUCGCAAAACUCAAAUCCAGUUCAAAUUUCUCUCGCGUCCGCAAUCGAUUAGUAGCUCUUUUCCGCGAUUUCUAUCCAGGAUGUCUCACCACAGCAUGAAAUCCACCAGUCACGGGUACUGCGAGGCUAUCUUCUCGACCUCGCCGAGGAGCUCCAACAAAGAGAACACCGUCCCCACGAUAAAAACUACAAAGAAAAAUUUGUAUCCCGCCUUGUCAAAUGAGUCGUCUGCUUCGACAAAGGGUCAAGGUACAGGCAAGACGAUGCAGUGCCCUUUGCGGAAGGUGUCUUCGAAGCUCGAAAUAGCGGAGACCUUAGGGCCACCGAGCAAGUCGACCGACGCGGAAUCUGCGUGUCUGAAACCUGCAAACCUGGCGAGGCAGGAAAAUACAAUCUCCAGUAACGUCACGUCCAACGAAAGAGAUCUGAAGACUCCAGUCAAAACGCGACAUGUUGGCGGAUCGUCCAGCGACAAAGCGUCCGCCGUACAGUUCUACACACCCAAGCACUCGAGAGUGGCGAAUACACCCAGCGUCAACGGCAAAAUCAGUGCUUUAUCCAGCUCGAGAACGCCCAUGAAGCGUUACUUCAGCGAUCACGCUCUGUCGCAGAGCACCCCGGACUGCUACAAUGCGGUUCACCUGGAAACUCCGUCCCAAAAAAUCGACGAUUUAGUGGUGGGAGAGCAGACGAUGUACGAGGGUGAAAGUAGCAAUCUCACGGUUGGAAUACGCAUCAGACCCUUAAAUGCCAAAGAACUGAACGAUCCGAAGGUCACGUCAGUCGUGCAAGGAAAUGGUCAGAACGUCAUUGUGGAAUGCGAAUCCGCACAUCACACUUUCAUGUACGACCACUGCUUCGUUUCGCACGACGACCCGCUUACACCCGGUCACGCCAGCCAGGAGGUCGUCUUUCGCAGUAUGGUGUUACCGUUGGUGCAAAACGCUUUCGAGGGUUACAACGUCUGCCUGUUCGCGUACGGACAGACGGGGUCUGGAAAGAGUUACAGUUUAAUGGGCACGGAAUCCGCGCAGCUGAGCGCGUCGCCGUUCGACGAGAGAGUCGGUAUCAUACCGAGGUUUUGCCAGGAGAUAUUCACACAAACGCGUGACAAUCCGCAGGUCGAGACUACCGUAGAAAUCAGCUAUUUCGAGAUAUACAAUGAAAAGAUACAUGAUCUCCUGGCGAAUACAAAUAACGGAACGAAGAAGGCUCCCCUCAAAGUGAGGGAGCAUCCUGUCUUCGGUCCCUACGUCGUAGACUUGAGCCAGCAUUGUGUGCAGAAUUACAAAGACUUGCAGGCUUGGCUUAAAGUGGGAAACUCGCAGAGAGCCACGGCCGCGACUGGUAUGAACGAGAAGAGCUCGCGGUCGCACAGCAUUUUCAGCGUUGUACUAACUCAGACGCAUUUGGAUGGUCAGUUGGAUUGCGAGCCACUCGAUGCCAAUCGUCGUAGUAAAAUUAAUUUGGUCGACUUGGCCGGCAGCGAGAGAUUGAGCCAAACUUCUGCAACUGGUGAUAGAUUAAGAGAGGGCGUAUCUAUCAACAAAUCUUUACUUACCUUGGGCAAGGUAAUUGCGUCACUCACGGAGAAUACAAACAAUCGCAAACAGGGUUUUGUGCCGUAUCGUGAAUCAGUAUUGACGUGGCUGCUGAAGGAGAGCCUAGGAGGAAAUUCACGAACGGCGAUGCUGGGAACGGUGUCACCGGCCAACAUCCACGUGGAGGAGACCCUAGCGACCCUUCGAUACGCGUGCCAGGUUCGAGCUAUAGUCAAUCGAAUCCGCAUCAACGAAGAUCCGCACGAUCGGCUAAUUCGCGAAUUAAAGGCCGAAGUACUACGUUUACGCGGGGUGCGCGAGGGAUAUGAGAAGCAAUGUGGAGUUAUUCCUCGUCAGUUACUCCGUCGCAUCGACUCGAGCGACCAGUGGGGUAAGAAUGUCAUCCAACAGCAAAAGGAAAUUGAUGAACUGAAAGAUCAAUUGAAAAAAACGGAAGAGCAAUUGGCUGUUACUCAGAUGAGUUCGCGCGAAAAAUUAGAAAGAGCCGAGGAGAAGAAAAGCUCGGAGCUCAAAUAUUUGCGCCGUUGCGGAAUCGCCAUCGAGCUUGAUUUCCAAGAACGAGAUAAGCAUCCUUGUCUCGUAAAUCUCGCUGCCGAUCCUUUGUUAUCCGGUACACUUUUGUAUCUCAUACCUCCAGGUUUGGUUCGUAUCGGGAAGAAUAUCUCGACGUGCAAACUCGGAGCCGCUUUCAAAGAACUGGAUAUCAUAUUGGACGGACCUCUUGUUAGGGAAUUGCACUGCUCCAUUGAAAAUAACGAGGGAAAAUUAAUCUUGACACCCGAGAAGGGCGCGGACACUUAUGUCAAUGGGCAGAUGGUAACCGGGAAAGUUGUGCUCAAACACGGUGAUCGCUUAGUCAUUGGCGGUAAUCACUAUUUUAAAGUUUUAAAUCCAUAUGACGAAUCCUACAAUGUUAAGCAUUCCACACAAGCGAUAGAUUUUGAAUUUGCGCAUCAGGAAAUUCUCCGAAUACAGGAAGAAAAAUUAAGAGCAGAAUUGGAAGAGUCGAAGCAGAAAGCGAUAAAGGAACUCGAAAAUGCUAAGCGCGAAGUGGAAUUGCAACUCGGUUCGCAAAAAUCGUCGUACGAGCGAGAGAUCGAAGUUCUUGGUUCCACGCUGAAGGAACAAAACCAGGCACUCGAACAAAUCAAUCGUAGAAAAAAGGAGCUGGAAAUGGAAAAGGAAUUGCUCGUCAAGGAGGUGGAAGUCAAUAAUAAGAUUAAGAAGAUACGGUUGGAACAGAGUCACGCGAAAUUAUCACCGUACAAAUCGAAUUUCCUGCAAGAACUUGAGAGUAUUUUGAAUGAGAAAACUGCGGACAUUGAGAAUGUGCUAAAGGCGAAGCUUAACGGGGAAACGAUAACCGCCGGUGGAAUUAGUCUACACGAAAUGCAAAUACUCGUCAAGGAAGCGACUCAGCGAUGUCAAGAAGUCGGAUAUCGUUACGAAUUUGAACAACAACAAACGGUAGUGGAUAAGAAUUUGCAGUCGGUGAUUCGCGUUCGUGAUAGAAACGUCUCGAGGGAAACGCUGUGGCAAGCGACGGACUUCCUGGAUUGGGUUUAUCGUCUGAGAAACGGCGAUGUAGAAGAUUCGAUAAGAGAACUGCAGAGUAUCGAGUUGAACUGGGAGUUAGACGGAAGUAAAAGUACCGAAAUAUUUGAAGAUUCUUUAAACAACAGCAGGAUCUCGAUAAACAUGACCCCCGUGAAGAGACAGCUGAACAAGAGUGUCCACCAGUUCUCGAUGGACGCGUCGAUGCUGGAAGCGACGAUAAACGAUACAUGCGUAACACAUAAUCAACAGGAGGACGUAAAUGCGUGCCUCACUCAAAUCGAAGUCGCCGCGAAAACGUUGAACAAGCUGUGCCACCGAUAUCAGAGCCACGACUCCAAGCCGGUCGUUGAAUCGUUGGCCAAGAUGCAAGAUAUUAUUGAGUCCUUAAAAAAUAUCUUCCAGAACAAAGAUUCGAGUGAGUGCGAGGAUACGAGUGUAAAUUCAAUUAACAGUGCCAAUAAUACCGUUAUCGAUAUGUCGAAUGACAUAAGGAAGAUCUUUCAAAACACGGAUACAAACGAACGAGGCAAAGAAAAAGAUGCUACGAUAAACGGUAUUAGUAAUGGCGUAGAUAAGCUUGCAAUAACAGGUAAUACUGAAAAUUGCCUCAGUCACGAUAUAUCGCCGAAGAAAUCUAAUAUGCGGAAUAAUAUGUUAGAUACGAAAGCUGGAAGCGCUCAAAAGAACGUAAGAUUUACUGAUAAAAUCAAACAAUAAAACUCGAAAACACAAAUAGCUUUAUGCUUGAAAAUACUAUUUUUUAAACAAACUUC